UGAAUGGGACCACGCCUCUGUGUUUACAUGACAAAUGUGUCAGAAUUCCAGAAAAACAAUAAUUAAGAUAUUUAACUCAACAAGUUGAUAUAUUGUAUCCAUUAAUAUAAAAAGAAAUAUGGCUUAUGGAAAAAAGUCGCCCACUACAGGAACGCCGUCUGUAUAUUCGCACACACGAAGUACUGGAAACCUGUCGAGAAGUGCUAGAAGUUUAAAAUCCUUAAAAACGCCUUGGUAUCAAAAACCAAUUGUUCAGGAUGCUAUAUUUUUAGAUGUACAACGUGCCUCACUAGUUACAGCAAUAUUUUCCUUAUUGUUAUCCAUAUUUACUAUUAUUACCUCCUGUUUCGAUUUAUACUGUUAUGCCAUGGCAGCACCAGGAUCUACACAUUAUGGGUAUUAUGUUAUAUCCUAUCAGUUUGUUUAUGUUGGAUCAAGACAUG